CACUUUGUUAUCAUCUCACUCAUCAUCUUAUUCACACAAACUCACUCAUAUAAUACCAUCAUCUCACUUACUUAAUCACUUAACACCAUAACCAUGGAGGCCAUCUUCCAAGCCCAGGCAAAAUUCCGCCUCGACCGCGGCCUCACCAAAGUCAAAGCCAUCCGCAACCAAAACUACAAGCGCCACGGCACAAAGUCCUACGUCUACCUCCUCAACCGCUUCGGCUUCGAGCCCACCAAGCCCGGCCCCUACUACCAGCAGCACCGGAUCCGCCAGCGAGGCCUCGCACACCCAGACUUUCACGCCCCCGUCGGUGGCCGGGUUCACCACACAAAGCACCUGCACAAGAAAGUCAACAAGCAUGGAGCUCCGGACGCCACCGGAACGGAGACGGGAGAGGUCGGGGCCGAGGACCAGCAGAAUGACUCGGAAUACUUGUGCGAGGUUACCAUUGGCACUCCUGGACAGACGCUGUUGCUAGACUUUGACACGGGAUCAUCAGAUCUCUGGGUCUUCUCCACAGAGCUCAGCAAAACCAUCCAAAAAGGCCACUCCGUCUUCCAACCAACCUCCUCCUCAACAUUCAAGAAGCUCCCCAACCAAGCCUGGCAAAUCUCCUAUGGCGACGGCUCCUCCGCCUCCGGCGACUGCGGCUCCGACAACGUCACCAUCGGCGGCCUCACCAUCAAGAACCAGACCGUCGAGCUCGCCUCCAAGCUCGCCCAGCAAUUCGCCCAGGGCACCGGCGACGGCCUCCUCGGUCUUGCGUGGCCGGCUAUUAACACCGUUGCUACGAAUGGAAAGUCGACGCCUGCUAAUACGCCUGUUGCGAACAUGAUCACUCAGGAUGAUAUUCCUAGUGAUGCGGAGCUGUUUACUGCUGCGUUCUACAGCGAGCGUGAUGCAAACGCACAGUCAUUCUACACUUUCGGCUACAUCGACACGGAUCUUGUCUCGAGCUCCGGCCAGGACAUUGCCUGGACCGACAUUGACAACUCCCAGGGCUUCUGGAUGUUUCCCUCCACCAGCACCUCUGUCAACGGAAAAGCCAUCUCGCAGUCCGGCAACAGCGCCAUUGCCGAUACCGGAACCACCCUCGCCCUUGUCUCAGAUGAAGUCUGUGAAGCUCUGUAUAACGCAAUCCCCGGAGCCACUUACGACGACCAGCAGCAGGGCUACGUCUUCCCCCAGAGCACCGACGUAUCGAGUCUCCCCGAGUUCAAGGUUUCUGUUGGAGACACGCAGUUUGUGAUUCAGCCCGAGGACCUUGCCUUUGCUCCAGCAGACGACAACAACUGGUAUGGCGGCAUCCAGUCCAGGGGAACCAACCCCUUUGACAUCCUGGGCGACGUGUUCCUGAAGUCCAUCUAUGCGAUCUUCGAUCAAGGUAACCAGCGAUUUGGUGCGGUUCCCAAGAUUCAGGCAUCCCAGAACUUGAGCUCUUCCGCCCAGUAAAUGUCUGCAUUAUCUGUUUCAUCCCUUUCAAGGUUACAACGCUCGGUCAUCUGUGAAUUAGCAAUAUAGGUGCAUGCAAUAAAUUCGUUAUAUUACUACUCU